AAUAACAGUACAAAACUGAUAUUGUUCUAUAAUACGUGGUUUGGUGGAAAGCCCUGGUGGGGUAUGGACUCCAAUGAAAGCUUUCUCGCGGAUUGUCCAUCGAUGAAGUGCAGAAUAACCUACGAUGUUGACGAUAUUGGACAAAGUGACGCCGUCAUAUUUCAUCUUGGGUAUAAGGGAGAUACGCCUAGAUGGGAAGAAAUUCAGCAGAUUCAUAAAUACAGAUGCUCUUACCAACGCAUAGCAAUUCUUACACAAGAAAGUUUGCUUCACCCAGACAUAGCGGAUAUUUCUUUCAUACCUAAAGGAUUUUUUAACUGGACUCUGACAUUUAAACGGACAUCAGACUUCCCAUUACCAUACGGACAUUUCUUUCCACUUCAAUUGCCAGCGGCUAGCACAUCGAACGACACAAAUUACGCUGAAGGUAAAGACAAACUCGUUGCAUGGGCUGUAUCUAAUUGCGGACCGCAAACUAGGGGAAUAUAUGUAAAGGAGUUACUUAAACACAUCCAAGUUGAUGUUUAUGGUAAAUGUGGUAGUGUAUACGGGCAAAACAACAAAUGUUCUAGAGGCUCUCAAGAAUGCGUCGAACUUUUCAAAACUUAUAAAUUUUACUUGUCGUUUGAAAAUGCGGCAUGUACUGAUUAUGUUACAGAGAAGUUUUGGAAUACGCUAGACUGGAGGGUUGUACCAGUCGUUCUUGCCAAAGAUAUUUACAUUCCUAUAGCUCCUCCAGGAUCAUUUAUUAGUGCUCAAGACUUUCCCUCAGUAAAAGCCUUAGCCCUUUACCUCCAGUAUCUUGAUAAAAACGACACUGCUUACAAUCAAUACUUUCAAUGGCGACGGAAAUUCGGCAGCCAAAGAAAACACAUGCCCCAGUUCGCUUGUCACAUUUGCAAAGCACUCCAUGAGGAGCUUCUUCAACCCAAAGUCUACCAUGAAUUAGAUUCUUUUUGGAAUCGAACUUCCGACUGUGAACCACAUGAACGUUCGCUCAGAAAACUCGUCAUGGAGAGUAAGAAGGAUCGCUGGGGAUACAGCACCCGCUUCUUUGAUUGA